GAAAAUAGGAUCAGUUUCCGUAUACCCGUGUGUCGGCUUGUUGUGAGAGAAUAUUAUCCUUUUAUCCUUCCAACAUGAAUUUUUUACCCAAAUUUGACGACAUAUUCUAAGACCAUGGAUUAUAGUGAUUCCUCAAAGCACCAAAGAAGUUCGGAAGAUUAAAGUAUGGAGAGACCACAUGGGGGCAAUAGUAAAGAUGACACCGUGGACAUCAAGCAAGAGAAAGGGACCAGUGGAGGAGCGGUGCCCUCAUGUGGCUCUUCCUCAGGUCUCACAUCCAUAGCAUCAACAAACCCAGGUGGUGAAGCCGAGGAAAAGAUGGAGGUGGACAAGCCUCUCCUCUUGCCUUCCUUGCCCUCUUUACCUUCCACCUCCUCAGUCACCAUCACAAAAGCCUCCACAGCAGCUCUGCAGAAGUCAUCGCAAAACCCUGUAUCGUCAUCAUCAUCGUCAUUGUCAUCAUCAUCCAUUUCGUCAUUGUCCUCGACUGCAUCUUCGUCUACGUCAUCCUCCCUGCCUUUCUCAUCAUCAUUAUCAUCUGCCGUGUCCACCCUCACCUCUGUAACAUUAAGUGCCGUGUCCAGCAGCGCCCCAUCUUCCCUCCCAUCUUCGGAGGCUGCGUCCACGCUGAGCAGCAGCAAAGUGGGCCCAGACAUGAUGCCUACAAUACCCCUGGUCCCGGUUCAGGUCCCCAACGGGCGGAGCGGUGUGGUCACCAUCCCCAAGAACCGGGGCCGCUCCAAGGGCAUGCCCCUUUGCCCUUCCCGGAGUGGAGGCUUUCAGAACAGGAAGGGGCUGAAGAUCAAGCGCCUUGGCAUCAGGGGACGUGGAGGCCGACGGCUUGUUCACAGCAUGUCGUUGGAAGAGAGAGGGGAUGACUCUCCCUUACCGCUGGAUGAAGAGGCCUAUGCUCAAGAUGACAUGUUCAUUGCUCCUUUAUAUCAAGAUAAGUGGCCAGGACGGAUGUGUGGCCUGUGUUGCCUGAGUGAGCAGAGUCAGCUGGGCCAAGGGGAGCUGAUUCGCCAUGACCCUACUCCGGGAUAUAUCCUGCCGGAGAAGAUUCCUUCCCCCAUGGAGCCUGAGGAGGACUCACCCCUGUCGAAAAAGUUCAAACCCAACAUUUCAUUAUUCAAAGACAAGGGUAAAUCGCCAAGAAAGCAGGUUGGAGAGGCACUGCCAGAACCAGUGGACGAGAUCUCCUUGGUGGGUCAUCAGGAGCCGCCAAGUAUAUCAAUCCUUUUUGAGUCUACAGGCCAUUGCUAUGUUCACUACAUGUGUGCUCUCUGGUCGUCUGAUGUAGAGCUAGCCAGUGACGACACCAUCAGCUGCAUUGAUAGAGCAGUUGUUACUGGAGCCAGCCAAAGAUGUGUGCACUGCAAAAAAUUUGGUGCAACAAUACCAUGCAAGGUACCUGGAUGCCCCAGGUUCUAUCACUUCCCAUGCGCAAUGAGUGCUGGUGCACCCAUGGACCUCAAGAGUGUCGCAAUGGUGUGUACGCCGCAUGCUGACAAGAGUAAAGACCUGUUGGUAGACAUGGCUUGUAUGGUGUGUGAAAGUCCUACUCCUGAGAAUUCCCUGCUCUUCUGUUCAUCGUGUGGCAACCACUACCACGGUACCUGCCUUAAGCCCUGCAUCACCAUGUCAGCCUCCGUCAGGGCUGGCUGGCAGUGUCCGGACUGCAAGAUGUGUCAGAUGUGUCGGCAGCCAAGCGAUGAGAUCGUGUGUGGGGUGUGUGACAAGGCGUACCAUGUGGUGUGUGCCCGCCCCUUUGGCCUCUCCCUCUCCAGAACUGGGUGGAAGUGCAAGACGUGUCGUGUGUGUGGGGACUGUGGCUCGAGGACGCCGGGCAACGGGCUCUCCUCGCGAUGGCAUUCCAACUUCACUGUCUGCGAUUCCUGCUACCAGCUGCGGAACAAGGGCUUAGCCUGCCCCAUCUGCGGGAAGGCGUACCGUGCCAUUGCUCAGAAGAACAUGGCCCAGUGUUCAACGUGUAGGAGGCAUGUCCAUAGUGCCUGUGACAGUGAUGCGGAUAUUGGUCUAAUCCAGUCGAAGUGGAAUGCUGACCGAUCCUACGAGUACGUCUGCACCACCUGUAAAAAGGUUCCAGGACCCAGUCAGUCUCCCAUAAUAUCUCAAGAAGACAGCUGUGAUGGUCCUCAGGAAUCAUCCAUUCAUUCAGAGGAUUCCAUUGAUUUGGAUCUGCCAUUGGAUGGAAAGUCAGAGGACUUUGGUCCUUUGCCUAAGCCUCAGACUUCCUUUUACACCCGUGGAAAACCCUUUAGUUUGGCAAAGAGAGGGAACUUUACUCCCCGCUUGCGAGGAGGAGCAAUUGGAAAGAAAGCCUUCUCCAGCUCAAAGAAGAGAGGGCAGACAGUGCCUGUCCGAAGAGGUCGAGGGAAUGGCAGAGGAUAUAGAGGAUAUUUCAAUUAUCAGAGUGUCACCCUACAGGCAAUGGAGAACAAUCACAGCACAGGCAAAGAAGAAGGAGAGGAGAACAAAGUGAUUCUGGUGGCCAGCAAUGACGAGUUUUGCCUUGAGCAAGAUGUGUGCGCCAUGUGUGGAGCGUUCGGACAGGACCAAGAAGGAAGACUCAUUAGCUGUGCUCAGUGUGGCCAGUGUUACCACCCAUUCUGUGCCAAUGUUAAGGUACGGCUCAGCGUCAAGGUGAACAAAGUGGUUCUAGAGAAAGGAUGGAGGUGCCUGGACUGCACAGUGUGUGAGGGGUGUGGUGAGCGCAAUGAUGAGAGCCGCCUCGUCCUGUGUGAGGACUGUGACAUCUCCUACCACAUAUACUGCAUGACUCCACCUCUAGACAGUGUACCCUCUGGGGUGUGGAGGUGUAAAUGGUGUGCUGUAUGUCAAUACUGUGGUGCCUCAGAUCCUGGUCCCAGUGCCACCUGGCAGCAAAACUACAGUGUCUGUGGCCCUUGCAAUUCCAUGACUCAGUGCCCUGUGUGUGAUGAACCUUAUGCAGAUGGUGAGCUCGUCAUACAGUGUUCCAACUGUGAGCGUUGGCUGCAUGCCUCUGAUGACAUGAUACACACAGAAGAGGAGGCAGAGAGAUGUGCUGAGAAAGGAUAUUUGUGCCUAAUGUGUCGACCCCAGGAUGCGCUUCCUCCACACCUCCUUCCUCACACCCCGCCCCUGCGCACACGCCCCGCACACAAUGCAGUCACUCCCACCACAACACUGCCAAGCCCUGUGCGUCCUCCAAGUCCAAUUGACAUCAUGCCAAAGGUAACAUCCAAAACACAGUUCUGGGUGGAUGGUAUAUGCUUGUCCGAGUGUGGAAUGUUCCAGAUAAAGACAAUGACAUUGGAGCCACAAAAGAAACCAAGGAACCCCAAGACUGUCCGAACCAGUCGAGGACCUUCCAUUGAUAGCAGUGGCAGCCGUGACAUUGAUGACGAUGAGGAGGAGGACGAGGAGAAAUUGGAGAGUGAAGAGCCCAAGCACUGGGUGUAUGGCAUGAAGGAAGGAACCAUUCUGAAGGCCAAGGAGGAUGGUACACCUCCUGACUUACCAGAUGGCUUUUAUACCUUGCCGGGUCCUGAGCCUGGAACAUACACUUUGAGAAAGCGCAGAUAUCGCAACAUCAAAACUCUAGGUAUUGGUGGUUUCCAAGUCCGCGCGCGAGGAAAGAAGGACGACGAAAAAGCACGGGAGGAAGCCAACCUUGACCCUCAGGUUCUGGAGCUUAGGAGGAAGAGAAGUAACUGGCGAACCAAAAAGAAGAUCAAAUUACUUGAAAAAUUUCCAUCUUACAUACAGGAAGCAUUCUUUGGCCGGAAUCUGAUGGAUACUAGCAAUCUGGAGGAGGAGAUGAAGCAAAUGGGUGACCUGGAUGAGGAAUUCACUGAAGAUGCCUUUGAUCUGCAGAAGACAAAGUCGGCAAUCAAUCUUUCAAAGGAUGAAGUCCAGCUUGUCCAGGCUGCCCAGAACAAGCAGCAGCUGGGCCAUGAACGGCGCAUAGACAGUGCAACACAACAGACAAAGUUGCUGUCCCCUCACCGCACUAAGGUAGAGGAUCAGACAGACUCCAAAACGAAGGAAAAGAAGGAUGAUGAUAAGAAGGAAUGCAAGGAUGAGGAGAUGGCAGAAGAAGAUGAAAAUAAUGAAGCCAUAGAUGCUAUAUUUGCCCAGGGAGGUGAUUUAACGGACAUCUUGAUGGGUGACAUAAUGAGCGCAGCAAUAAAAGAUGAUGAUACAAAUCUAACAGGCGAUGAAGACCUCUCUCAAGAUAAUAUAGACGUGCCUGGAGUGGGUGGCCCUGAAACAAAGUUGACUGACAUUCUGGGCCCAGGUUUUAAUCUGGAUGAUGUGGCUGACAUCAUGAAGAACUUACCAGAAGACAGCACUGAGGAUAGCCAGGAUUCCACUGUAUCCACUGCAGCACCCUCGGCAAACACCAAAGAUAGCUUGGACAGUGCCAGUGCCACAGGAACUCGUUCUGAAGGAAACACCACAGGUACUGGGCCAGCUGUCUCCUCAGCUGUCUCCUCAGCUGGAGCAACAACUGGUUCUGUGCCAGUCAAGAAGGAGACUCCACUUGCCCCACCAGCAGUUCCUCCAGCCGUUCCUCCAACAGUUGCUCCAGCAGUACCUCCUGUAGUACCUCCUGUAGUACCUCCUGUAGUACCUCCUGUAGUACCUCCCGUAGUACCUCCCGUAGUACCUCCUGUAGUACCUCCAACAACACUGCCUGCUGCUUCGACCCUCCGCCCCAAUCAACCCCCUGUUGCUCCACUUGGAUCAGUCCCAACAGUUCCCCAGCACGCAGUAGGUCCCCCUGUUCAGCAAAUGUCAGCCCCGGCAGUUCCCAUGUCAAGUGCAGUCCAAGGAGCCAGUGCCAUUCCAUCCAUGAAGAACCCUACUGCAUUACCAAGUCCAGUAGGCCUCCAGAGCGCUGUUCCACACCAAAGCCCCGUGUCCCAUCAGAGUCCUGCACACCCCAGCCCCAUUGCGGUCGGCCCACCCCCCAUUCCCCAGACGCUGCCUAGCCCCUUGCCACGCUCUGACUCCCAGCCAGGGUACCCCCAGAGCCAAGCCAAUUUUCCUGCAACACCAAAGCCAACAACACCCACUGUGCCUGAGCCCCAGAAGGUGUGGACAAGCAAUGAUUCGCAGUCACAGAGCUUGACACUGGAGGAGGAUGAAGCUCUAGGACACAAGGCAACAAAGGCAGCUGUGCUCUAUGUUAACAUUCACAAACCCAAUCUCAAGAAUGACUUUCCAUCUGUGUCUGACCGUGAGAGACAGAUCAAACGUACAUGGAAGAACCUCAAAGAUGCAGAGCAGAAGAAGAUGCUGAUCCAGAGAGCCAGGGAAAACAAGAAAGAAUACUACAAAAAUAAACAGGAACAGCAAAGAGCCUUGAAGACCUCAGAGAGCCUGGAAGGUUCAAACACCCCCGGUUCUGUAGGCACCCCUGGAAGCCUCACUGAGAGUACCAACACUGACCCCAGUCCUGCAAGCACUCCACAUGCUUCUCCUCGCCCUCCUCUUCCUUCUAUCACACCGCCGAGGCAAAUGAUUGUAACCCAGCGACCCCAGAUACCACCAGGCUCGCCCACAAUGCGGCCUGGCCUGACUCACACAAUGAUCCGUGGCCCCAUGAGCCAUCCACAGGGUCCCCCUGACCCUUAUGCCAUGCAACCAGGCACACCUCACCCAAGCAAACAGGCAGAUCCAUAUGCUCAUCCUCCUUCAACCACUAGACCUCAGACUUCACCACUGCCUUCUCCAACAAGUGGUGACCCAUUUUCUCGUGUGCCUCCGUCUCCACGUCCCCAUACGUCAGACCCCUAUAGUAUACCACCAUCUACUCCAAGACCCUCAGCAGGUGAUCCAUACGGAAUGCCCCCGCCAACACCUCGCCCCAUGGAUCCAUAUGCCUCUCAACCAGCAACUCCUAGAACACCCAUGUCAUCGGACCCUUUCACUUGCAGUACUCCCACAGAUUCAUUUUCUCAACCCCCGUCAUCUGGUUACAUUCAGGCUCCUCCUACACCAAGACCCCAUUCUGAUGACAGUUAUGGACAGCCUGCCACACCUGCAGGAGGCAUAUCAGGUGACCCAGCUGGGCAGCAGCAGCAGCAACAACAACAGCAACAACAGCAACAACAACAGCAACAGCAACAACAACAACAACAACAACAACAACAACAACAACAACAACAACAGCAACAACAACAGCAACAGCACCUGCGAGAACUGCUGCAGAGACAGAGGCCCCAGCAGUGGAGUGAGGGCAGUGUGGUUCACCCAAGUGGGGUGGCUCAGCCAAUGUCAUCUCCCAAUGGGAGUCAUGCAGAGUUCAGACAGCCGCUUCCACCAGUGGUGCAGAACCCUGGCGUGCGCAUGAGGCAGAGUAUAGCUGGGGGUCAGCCUGGCAUGAUGGUCCAUGCAGCUGGACCAGGCCAAGGCCAGAUGGACCCACGCUUCAGAAUGAUAAUUCAGAGGAACUUGCAACAACAGCAGCAGCAGCAACAGCCACAACCACCGCCACAACCACAGCCGCAGCCACAGCAACAACCACCACCACAACAACCAGGAGGUGUCAAUGGGCACAACUCUUUGGACCCCUUCAGUCAUGUGGUACAGCAGCGCCCACACCAACAGUACAUGAAUGUUGGUCCUGGAGUAACCAGUGUGGUCCGAGGUCCCCCAACAACAGUGAUGGUAAGCCAGGGCAUGGGUUCUCCCCACAUGAAUGCAGCAGGCCCUGUCCCUGUGCCAGUUGCAUCACCCACCCACCAUCCUCCAGGACCUCCACACCCACUUGGUCCACCUCCACACCCACAGCAGCCUCACCACCCCCCUGGACACCCGCAGGGACACCCGCCACUUCAGCAGCAGCCUCAUCCAUCUCUUCCACAACAGCCACCACAUCCUCAGUUAUCCCAUCCUCAGCCACACCCUCAGCCUCACCCUCAACCACCUCAAGCUAAUAGUCAGCAGCAGUCAGAAUCUGAACUACCAGAGGCAGUAACUAGGGAACUGGAGCAGCUGGAAGAAGAGCAACAACAGCAGCAGCAGCAGCAGCACCAGCACCAGCCACAGCCACAGCCACAGCCUCCCAACCAACAGCCUACUCCCCAACCUGCAGCUCAGACACAAGGCCAAGGAGGUGAUGACCUUGAGGAUCUAGGAACAGGAGAUCUGACUACUAUGGAGGAUGACUUACUUGGUAUGGGAGGAGAUUUCAAUGCUCUUCUGGAAUUUGCGGAUGGGGAAGAUGGAGAGGAAGAUGACGAGAAGCUACCUUCAAAUCUCUUCAAUGUCUUGGAUGCAGACGAGGAAGAAAGGAGGAGGAGAAACAAAUCUGAUGAAGUUGGACCAGGUGUGCCAGGUAUAGCCAAGGAAAAGGUUAGUUUGCCAACAACCAUACCUGUUGGGCCACCCUCUUCAGGAACACAUGCGCAACCCUGCCCAACUAUCUCCCCCAGUCAGGGCUCCCAGCCACAUCUUACCAACCCAGUGAACUCCAAUUGUGGACCAAGAGGACGUGUACCAGUGGCGCUGCAGCCCCUGGGUCCCAACGCUCAGCAGCAGAGAUUAGGGGCAAUCAUGGAGAGAGCCCCUUUGCCCCACUCUCAAACAUCAAUGGCACCCAGCAUGUCCACAACAGGGUCAGCCCCAGUGAGUGCCGGGCCCAGCGAGUGCUCAAACAUGCCAACCCCCCCCAACAUGGUCCCCAUUGGUCCGUCAUCUGGGCCUCCAGCUGGGCCUCCCCCUGGACCAAUAAUGGGCCCUGUCCAUAUGAAUAUCAGCUCAGCACCUCAACAGCCAGUGCAGCCUCAGAUGGCAACACAUAUAACACAGCCGUCAGCCAGGUUUGCAGGCAUGGCCAGGAUGCCUGGGCCCAGAGGUGGGAUGAUUCGGCAGCCAGCGCCACCCCCUCCCCCUUACCCGGGCCACCCUCCUCCCCCGCCAUACCCAAGGACUCAGGUGAUGGUGAGUGAGGGUUUGAUGGUGAGGGGCCCCAUAGCAGGCAGUGUGGGCUCCCCCAUGGGGGUCGGGGGGCCACCACCGCCUCCCAUGAUGCGGCCGGGCCCACACCAUCAUCCCAUGAUGGGUUCAGGACCCUCAAUGGUGAUGAGUGGGCCACGCCUGCCUCCACACAUGGGCCACGGUCCCCCCGGGGGCCACCCACACCUGCCCGCUGGGCCACCGUCCAUGGGUCCACCCGGCCCUCAUGGCCCUCAUGGCCCUCACGGCCCCCAUGGUCCCCAUGGUCCAUCGGGCCCUCAUGGCCCUAUGCUGCCGCCACAGCCACUCAGGCGACCACUACUACUGCAGGAACAGCCUCUCUUGAUUGAGGACUUACUGGAACAAGAGAAGCAAGAGCAGAUGAAGCAGCAGAAGGCCAACCAGCAGCAGCAGCAGGAGACCCUCGGGCAGGAUGACCUCAACCUCAGUGACAUGGAGUUUGAGAAGCUAAAGGCAGAUGUCCUGUCUGUGGGGAAUACCACAGUUGGCUUGCCCUCGAUGGCUGGAGGACAAGUAAUAGGCACGAACGCUAACGUGCGGCAGCCCUUCCAGCGGGUUGUUGGCCAGCCCCCUCCCCAGGGUGCAGGUCAGCCCAUGUACCAGGCACCGUGUCCUGCCCAGCCAGCGACCCGGCCAGUGAGACCGCAGGGAGACCCGGGCAUGCAUCCAGCCUUGUUGCAAGCUGUUGGGUCACGAGGAACAGUUCCGUCAUCACCAGGUACUGUGAACAUCAAGACUUUACCCCCACCCCCACAACCACCGGACAAUCCCCAGACUGAAGCAGAAAGGCACCAGCAACUUCAGUAUGAAAACUGGCUCUCACAGCAACACAGCCUCAUUGCCUCACAGCAGAGACACUAUGACACAGAGAUCACAAAGCUGCGCAAACAGCGGAAGAGCCUGAACAGCCGCCAGAGAACGCUGAAGAAGAAUGGACAAGAACUAAGCGAGCAUGAUGCAGCUGAACUAGCUCGUGUGCAACGUGAUGCCUCCACCAUCCAGCGCCACCUAGAACAGUGCCGUAAGUCGGCAAGGCAACAUGCUAUGAUUGUGCAGGAAUACAAUAACAAAAAGAGGCAGAGACAGGCCCACAUGAUGAAUACACAGAGUGGUGUUAUUGGUCCAGGGAACCCAGGACAGUUGAUGAGUGGGGCUUCACCCAUGGGACCUACAGGCUCGUCUCCCAUGCACUCCACCCCCCAGAGUCCCCUCAUGUCCCCAUCACCAUCCUCACAGCCAGGGAUGGGCCUUAGUCCAAUGGUUCCUUCCCCACACACACCAGCUGCCUCUCCCAACCCUGCCAUAGUACCUCAGCACUCUCCGCAUGCAAUGGUGGUUCCAGUCCCCCAUCCCUCACCUGGAGAAUCCCCGUUCAGUCCUCAGACCCGCAUGCCAUCGCCUGGUGGGGGUUAUCCAGACCCGGGGCCCCGUGCCCCUUAUCCUGGGCCUCAAGGAAUGACUCACCAUAUGAUGGGUCCACAGAUGAGAGUGCGAAUGCCAGUACAUAGUCCAGGGAAUCAGACUGUGCAGCCUGGGCAGAUGUCUCCCCACAUGAUGGGAGUGCGUCCAGCGUAUCCUCAGUCGGGCGUUAUGAUGGCUCAGGGUCAGGCUCCCAUGAUGAUGAGACACCAAUACCCACAAGGAGUCAUGCCACACAGAAGACCUUCAGGUUCAGGCCCGGUCCCCAGCCCGGGCUCAGGUCCCAGCCCAAGUCCAGGAGGACCAGUCCCCAGCCCUAUUGGUGGUGGCAUGGCCAUGAAACCAAGUCCAGUUCAGAGUGGCCUGAAGAGUCCAGUGCCAUUGGCCAGUCCAAGUCCUGGGGGACCAGUCCCGAGUCCUCUCUCUGGCAGCAUGGCAAUGAAGCCUAGUCCAGUUCACAGUGGGCUAAGGAGUCCCGUACCCCUGGCCAGCCCUCAGAUGCGGCCACACAGUGUGGAGAAUCCAAGUACACCUCUGACGCCACGUAGUGUGGGUGCAGGAGAUAUGGGUGGAGCUCCUCAGACCCCACACAGUGACAUGGGUGGUGCCAGUGGAAGCAACAGCCAAGUUAACAGUCCUCACCCAUCUGUGCCAACGCCUACCAGUGAUGCAGUGCCCUCGCCUGUUCCUUCGUCAACACCUUCGAUGAUUCAAGGAGGUCAGAGAGUGGGAGGAGGAGGAGGAAAUGCCAACAAUCCAAAUAAUCCUGCACCGUGUCCUCCAUAUAUGAGACGGUUUGGUUACUUCAAGUUGGGUCUAAGAGGUGGUGGUUUUGUGAAGAGUCGCUGGGGACAUUUUAAGCUCGGCCUCAAGGGUGGAAUGCCUCAUGGUGAUAUUGAAAACAAUGUUGUGCAAGCUACCUCUAAUAGUGGAUUGUCAACUACAUUACCAACUACCACUACUACCAUUGCACAUACUUCUGAGCCUUCCACAGUCAGAACUGCAAUUACUCCUUUAGCCUCGGUAAAGAAUGAACCUGAGGGUGAUGAAGGGCAGGAAGGUCUUGCGCAUGUUCUGAGUGAGAGCGGACCAAUCAAAGGACCAAUUGUUCGGAUGCCAAUGAUAGGGGUAGGAGGGCAGAGGGUAAGCCAGUCAGCCUAUGUGUCGGCAGGAUCAUCUGUAACCAUGACACCCCAGUUAAGUGCAAAUGCUAACAAGGUUUUAGUUCCAGAACCUUUGAAGUCUGAAAUUCCACCUUCCAGUCGACACCAGGCAGUGAUUGGGAUUCCUGGUGGGGGCGCCAUCUUCUCACAGAACAAUAUGUAUCCAACUCACACAGUGGCCCCAGGCAUCCGAUUGCCAACUGCUGUGUCAACAGUCAACUACCCUUCAACUCUCCCAAACCAGAACCAAGUGUCUGCCACCAGCACACUAGCUAGUGUAUUGAGUUCAUCCAGUAGUAGCUCUGCAAUGAGCAGCAGUCUUGUCCCUCCACCCAUUAUGUCUGUCACCUCAUCAAUAGACACUUUACCAACAAGCUUAAAUAUUCAGUGCACAAGUCACCCUUCAGAUGAUGUACAAACGUUGAGCAAUGUGGUGAGCAUAAAUAACCAGGUGAGUGGUAUAACCAGUGGCCUGACCAACUAUGCCAGUACAGCAAGUAUACCUCUCAACUCCUCAGCAACAACUAAUACAACCCCAUCUCUCAGUCGACCACUGGUGAGUGUUCCAGUCCAACAAAUUGGAAUCCAGCAGCGGCCCAUGUUGCAGACCUUAACAACAACAGUAGGUACCCCACAGGUCAGAACACUCCCAUCUAUUGGUAACCUACAGGCAGGGACACGUCAGUUUAAAACCUUGAUAAGAGCCUCUGUGGGCCAGCAUCCAGGUGUGAUACAAGCAGGUCAAGAUCAGGCAGGUAACCAGAUUGUUACUCAACAGCAGGUGCUCCAGCACACAUUACCUCAGCAGGCUGGUGGCCCACCAACUUUAGGUCAACAAACCUGGGUCCAGACUUCUGGUGGGCCUAUUCCUCAUAGUGGGGUUGUUGUACAGGGUGGAGUGCCACAGACAGUGGGUGUACGUAUGGUCCAGCAGCCCAUGAUGGUUCAACAAACUCUUGUGCGCAGUGGUAACAUGAUGGUCCGCCCUGGAACAACAGGCCAAGGGGGAGUGAGAAUGAUGAUGAUUCAUGGAGUGCAGCCUGUGCGGACACCUUCACCACCAGUAAACAGACCAGCUAUGAUGCCCCCACCAGCUGCCAAAUCACCAGCUGGGCAUUCUGCUAGUCCAAUUCCUCGUGUAUCUCCAGCACCCUCCCCUUUAUCAAACCACCCAUCUCCACACUCUCCUCAAGUGAAAGGGCAGUCUCCUCUCAUGAGUUCUCCAGCCCCUAGUCCUCAUGGGCCACAUACAAAUUUGGCUGUGGGAAUGAUCAAAAGAGAGCCAGAUGAUGAGCACACCAAUGUCACACUACCACCCCACCAUACUAUAGCAGGAUCUAUUUCACAGCAGCAAACUGGCACUGUACAUAUGACAAUCAGUGGAGUUCAGCCACACACUACUGCAAAUCUCCAUGUUGUUAAUCCACAUGGCCCACAGAAUAUAUCCACAAUUGCAGGAACAAUAAAGACUGAAGGUGUGAGUGAGGGAAUGAACAAAGACUCCUCAAAUGCGUUGCUGAAGCAGCUACUAGAGAAUACAGGGUGUGCUAACUCCAUGUCACAGCCAUCUUCAAGUCCCCUCGUUCUCUUCAGGUCCCCUCAAGGAACUGUACCAGUUCCUUCAUCUAAUCUGACACACAUUGCUUCACAGAUACCAAACCCCACACCCAUUGUGGUGUCUCGUAGUAGUAUACCUGCCACACUUCCUGGCUCUCAUCCGACGGUGUUGCAGGCUACUACUUCAGCAACCAUGGUACCUCAGAAUGCAACUAUCCAGCAACCACAACAGCAGCAUACUGUGGCAUCAGGUUCCUUACCACAGCAGCUAGGACCUAACCCACAAAUGAUUCAAAGGUCUGUUGUGGUUUCCUCGGGCCCACAUCCACCACAGGGGCCUGUCACCCACACUGUUGUCAUGGGACAGCAACACCAGCUGAUUGCACACUCAGAUGCGCAUGGUAACCUCACCCACACUGUGGCUCGUCCUGGUGUGCCAUACACGGGCCAACAUCAUGUGGUGGACCCUCAUAAUGCUGGUCCUCAGCCAUCUAGUCAACACAUAGGUGUGCGUCAAGUCACCACUCACCACCUCAGCCAUCCAGGCAUGAAUUCAUCAGGGCACCAUGUCAUUCAGGGUCAGCCCCCACACCAAACAGUGACUGUCAGUCACCCAAACCAUACAAUGGGUCACCCUCUCCCUCACUCCAAUCCACAAAUGGUUGUCCAUCCUGGUAUGAGGCCCACACAUCCUGGUCAACAUCCUAUGGUUAAUGCACAUCCACCUGGGACUCAUAUUAUUACUGGACAGCGACCUCCUUUAGCCACUGCAGUAUUAAAUACCACUCCAACACCGGCAAGCAUGGCUGAUAGAGUCAACAGUAAUCCAGCCCUUAAGACUGAAAUGCGAGUCAUGAUUCCGGAGACUGUCUUGGGAACCGGUGCCAGCACGGGCGAGCACACACCGGAGAUGACCACGCCAAAUGAAGGUUCUGACUCGUUGGACCAUGAGGAGAAGAAAGCCCGGAAGAGGUCACAGCAAGCUAGGAGGAAGAGCCAAAGCAAAGACACCAAAGUCCAGCCAGCAAAGCGAGCUAGACAAGGCUCAAGAGUAGAGGAAGACUAUGAUGCUUACAUUGAGAAUGUAAUGCAGCAGCUGAGAGGCAUGCCACCUCUCACCAUAAUGGAGCCAGAAGUGCCAAAGAAUUUUAACCUCUGUCCCAUGUUUGGCAGUGGAGAUCUGAGCAAACUUGGUAGAAGAGAUUACAAUCAUCGACAAGGAUUGUUGGAGGGGAAAGAGGGCCAUCUCACAGUUAAAAAUGUCACUGAUUAUUAUAGUACACAGCCAUUUGGGGAUAAACCACCAAUGGUUACACCAGCAAAGACAAAUCCUACACAGAGAGGAUUUUAUAUCCAUGAAUUUACACCACCAAAGAUUGGCCUUCCAUUAGAUGAAUAUCAGGAAGGGGAAACAGUUGUUGCCAGUUCCACCAGACCCACGCCAGCACAAACUCCAACCCGAGAUGCUGAUUCGCCUGACACAGUAUUAAGUUCUUCAUCACCAGAAUGUAUUCUUCCAGAGUCACCUCUUCCAUUCAAGGGCCUGAGACUUGUUGACAUGGACGAAGAUCACCAGGAUGACCAGCGUGAUCGCUCUCUUUCCCCUGCCAUCCCUCUUUUGGUACCCACUCCAAUCAGACCAGGGCAACUACCAUUCAUGCCGCAAAUCAAGGAUGGCAAGGAUGUACCAGAGCUGGAUAAGGAGAACAUUGGCAGUCUAGCUAGUAUCACUAUGAAGAGCCGGCUAGGACAGUCUCCAGCUUUGCCUCUGAAAGAUAUGGGAAAUGUGAGUGUCACCCUAACACUCUCCUCACAGGCUGGAGAGGAUGUGUCUGGUAUUCUGCGAUCUUUAGCAAAUCUCUUAAACAUUCCUCCUCCAUCAUCAUAUCAGAUGGCAGAUCGCAUUGAGCCCCCCAAACUGCCAAGGGUUUACCGACACAAACAUCCGAAGGAUGGGGUAGAGCAACUUGUUGAUAUCCAGAGCAUCUUGAAUGGUCAGGCCAGAUUUUGUAGACACUGUGAUGUAAUUAUAUUGAAAGACAUGUUGUGCAAGAAAGUCGCUGAACUUCCUUUCCUUAAUAAGAGUGAUUACGAGAGUGUGGAUGAAGUGACAUUCUGUUCUCAGCAAUGUUAUAUCCAGUUUGCCGUUUCUCAUCGUGUUGUGGUUGAAGAUAGAGGCAAAAUAGAAGGAAGUAGCAGGUUUACUAAGGUAAAAGAUUCUAGUGGAGAUGAUACCAAAGACCCAUCCAUUUUAUCUGAUGAUGCACUGCUUGAUUGGUCAAAGGAGGAGGGCAUGGAUGAAGUUCUGAAGGUGCCACAGCUGGAAGACUCAUUACAUUCUCGACCAAACAAGCAUAAACUGGAGGAGGACCAGGAACAGUACCCGAGGCAGGCUGAUGGAAAGAGGUUCCGUGGACACAAGUACAAAUGCUGGACACCAAAUGCACUGACCCUUCCAGAGAAAUAUGAAAAGCCCACACCCAAAGAGAUGACGGACCUGUUGUUUAGGAUGGGCAUCACAUACAGAAAACCAAGGCUCAAAGAUGAUUCACGGAAGUGCACGCUGUGUGGUCUUUAUGGGGAUUAUGUAGCCGAUGGUCCUUCCAGACUCUUGAACUUUGAUGUUGACAAGUGGGUGCAUUUGAAUUGUGCUCUCUGGGCGGAUGAGGUUUAUGAGACCAUGAAUGGGGCUUUAAUGAAUGUAGAAGCAUCUCUGAAGAAGGUGGCAAAUUAUAUAUGUGAACAUUGCGAGCAGGCAGGAGCAUCUGUGAAGUGCUUUAAAGUUCGCUGCAGUAAAGUUUAUCACCUGAAUUGUGCUGUGAAGGAGGGUUGUACCUUCUACAAGAACAAAACGGUAUUUUGCCAAGAGCACAUCAACAAAGGAGAAAAAGACAAUGAGCUGUCAACAUUGGCUGUGUUUCGGCGAGUUUUCAUAGACCGAGAUGACAACAGACAAGUCGCCUCUGUGAUGCACCAUGCAGAUCUAAGUUAUGUCCUGCGCAUUGGCUCUCUAAUCCUAAUAGCCAUCGGCCAGCUGUUCCCUCACCAGCUGCAGGCAUUCCAUACACCAUAUUGCAUCUACCCUGUGGGCUAUCAAGUUAUUCGUUACUACUGGAGUAUGAGGCGUCUCCAUAAAAGAUGUGCUUAUGAAUGUUCAAUCCAUGACAACAAUGGCCAGCCAGAGUUCAGAAUAACAGUGAAGGAAGAAGGCUAUGAUGACCACACUUUCAUCAGCUGUUCUCCGAAGGGGGUGUGGAACAAAGUGCUGGAACCUCUCGCAGAAUUAAGGCAAAAGGCUGAUGUUGUUAGACUCUUCCCUCAGUACAUCAAUGGCGAAGACCUCUUUGGUCUCACUGAGCCAGCCAUUGUCAGGAUUCUGGAAUCUCUACCAGGCAUUGACACUUUGGCAGACUACAAUUUCAAGUACGGUCGCAAUCCAUUGUUUGAGCUUCCUCUGGCUGUGAAUCCCACCGGCUGUGCUCGGUCAGAGCCUUUCAACAAAAUGCACCUCAAACGGUACCAUGGAAUGAGAACAAGUGUUGGGUCAGUCCGUAACAGCAGCAAUUGCAGGAAUGCCGCAAGUGUGGCCAACCUGACUAUGACCUUUGACCCCUACAGCAAGCUUCACGUCCACUCCAGGUCAUCACAGUAUAAAAGAAUGAAAAAUGAGUGGAGAAGUGUUGUGUACCUGGCCAGAUCAAAGAUCCAGGGCCUGGGGCUGUAUGCUGCACGAGAUAUUGAAAAGAACACCAUGAUCAUUGAAUACAUUGGAGAGAUCAUUAGAUCAGAGUUGGCAGAGGUGAGAGAGAAGCGCUAUGAGUCCCAGAACCGUGGCAUCUACAUGUUCCGGCUGGAUGACCAGAGGGUGGUGGACGCGACAGUGACGGGUGGCCUGGCUCGCUACGUGAACCACUCGUGUGGGCCCAAUUGCUACACAGAGACCAUUGAGGUGGAGAGAGAUCUCAAGAUUCUCAUCAUCUCCAAUAGGAAAAUUCUCAGAGGGGAAGAGCUUGCGUAUGACUACAAGUUUGACGAGGAGGAAGACCACAAGAUCCCGUGUCUGUGCGGCGCUGAGAACUGUCGGAAGUGGAUGAAUUAAGCAAGGAAGGAGUCAGUACAACUAAAUAAUUACAAUUACGUCCAUUAAGUUUGAAGAACUCCUCCAUAAAACAGAACAAAGCAAACAAAUAAACAAAAAAAUAAACGUAUAAAAAAUAAAAAAGAUUUUUUUGGUAUUAGGAAAUAUUUAAAAAAGUAAAACAAUAAAAAAAAAAUAAACAGAUACAACUUCUAAAAGUAGAAUGUGCCUUGAUACUUGGAUACUGUACCUAUUUCUACCAGGAGCGUAGACAGGGGAGGUCAACGAGAUGGCUGUCUUGUGUUUGUAAAGUGUGAGAUAGCUGCGUUCAAGGUAUGACUCAUAUGGCCAACAGUCGUAAUGUGAAUUGUAAGUUAAUGUAAAAGAUUAUAUUUAUAUAUACAUAUAUCUAUGUAGUCGUGUGUGAGGAUCCCCAGAGUUUCUGUAAAUGUUUUGUGCAAAUCUUUUCUCUUAAGCAAAACUGUGUGUUAAGCAUAAACAAAAAAGAAAGAAAAAAAAAGAAGCUUGCUUUGACAGGCUUUAGAAAUCUUCGGUGGACUUUAGAAGAAGAAGAAGGAAAGUGACCAAAUUAUGAAUGUUACUUGCGACAGCAGUGAUUGAAUUCACAAGAAGUGAAACAGUAUCAAUACAGCUAAUGCGGUAAGCUUAAGCCCCAUCCCCCCUUUCUCCCGUACAUACGUGUGUGUCAGGACCCUAGAAGAGCCAAGUGCCUUGCGCUAGGAAAUCUGCUUUCCAAGUCAGGGAUUGGAUUUAAACUAAUUCGCGGCUGAAGUGCAAUUUUUAUUGUCCGAAAGGAAAUGUGAUUAUAUAGGGCUUGUGGUAGAAGUUGGACCAGCUUUCCGUUCCCGUGGCUGGCAGACCUAGUGGAAUGCUCUUUUGAGCAGGUGGUGUGGGCCUUUUUCCUUCUUCCUUUUUCUUUCCUUGGUCUGGCUAUCAGAAGCCAUCAAGGGAGGGCGAUGAUGAUGAUGGCAGCACUGAACGGAAUUGUGGGCCAGUUUUUUCCAGUAAGCCAACAUAGUAAUCAUUUGUAUGUGAGAAUGACAUUGAUUAAUACAUCUAUUUUCACAAGAAUUUCAGGAUCUUUCUUGACUCUGCUUUUCUCUCAUUUUUCUUCCUUUUUUUUUCUUUUGUUUUUUCUAUUUUACCUUUUAUUAAAUUUUAUACUUGUUAAUUCCCUUUUUUUUUUUUUCCUUUUCUUCUUUCUUCCUUAAUCAUAUAUCUCCUUCCUCAACCUUUGUAAUCUACUACUUGUUCAUAGAUGUGCUGAUGAAAAAAAAAGCAUUAAAUAAAAAAGAAAAUUCGUAAUAAUGAUAAAAAGAAAGAAGAAAACUAGUUACAGAAGGGACUCAACAGGUUUUGGGAGGCUGUGGCAGACGCAAGGUCACAAGUGAGCCCUUGUGUCUAGCCUCACCUGGCUUCCUCCCUCUCCAAUCUCGAGCUCCAUUGUGUUUCCGGACGCAGGUGUUGAGCAGUCGCCCGCUCCCAUGGGGGGCGGGGGAAAGACGCGCAAGAGUAACCUUUUGUGUAUAUUGGACUUUGCAGGAUGUCCUCAUAAAGAGUUUUUAUAUUUAUAGGGUCUAUAAUUUAGGGCUUUGUGGCUGAUCAGUGGCCAGUAGAUGCAAAGGGGUGGGAAGGAACUCCUUGGGGAGGACGUGUCUGACCGUGAUAAUAGCGAAGGGUUUUAUGAUUAUAAUUUUUUGCCUCUUUCUGAAAGUGCGUUUAUUUUUCGAUUUUCAUCGAAUGCCACCAAUCUGUAAUACAGGUUAAAGUGAUUUGAUUUUUAAAAAAUUGUCAUUGUAAUUUUAUCAUUAUUUUAUCUCCUUAUUUUUAUUUGUAUUUUUAUACAGAUGUUUUUUUCUCGUAUGUUUGUAUCUUCCAAAAUCAUCAAGGAAUUCUCUUCAAUUUCUUAUCUUUUCUCUAAAUCCUGUGACUGGUUUUGUAAGUAUCAUCUUUAAACUCUUUGUUCCCAUUUGACUAAGAAGCCUUUUCUUAUCCCUUGCUUUUGCAUUUUCUUAUCCAGAGUACAGAUGGACAAGCCUUGCCAAAGCACUGAAGACAAAAAAAAAAACUUUUUUUCCCUCCCCCUCCACCAUAAUCUUAAGUUGUUGUCUGUAUGUUUUUAAUGUAAUUUAUAAUAAUUUCACUUUUUUAUAAAUCCUAAUUAGAUUAUUAAGGAUUUUUAGAUGUAUUGAAUACUAUACAUGGCAUUGUUUAUAGAUACCCCUCUCUGGUAAGAUGUAAGGCUCGUAUCCAAUAUGGCCUCCAUAUAUUGCCUGUUAUCCCUGUGAAUCUAGAGUAAGUCAGCUGGUGGAUUGGUGGAUCCAAGAGAUGUGUACAGAAGGCACCGUAAGUCAUGCUGUUUAGCAUUUUCCCCAUAGGCUUGUACUGUACAGGUUAGAUAUUUUAGGAUAGGCUGGAAGACAAUUCCUUGCUUCAAGGUUUGCCACACUGAUAAAUAUACCGUAUCACAAAUAGACUGAUGAAUGUUAAAUUAUGAUUUUAUCUUCCUUUCUUUCUCCCCUUUUUGUAUUUAUUGUUUUUUCUAUCUAUGAUAUUUGUUUAUAUAUAUAUAUAUACACACUGCAUGAUAUUUUGAUACAGUGCAUUUCUUGGCCACCAGCCACGCCUCCAGUCCCCAGACUCUCCCACCUUAACACGAACGUACGAUGUCAGAUAUUAAGUAUUAUGCCUGUCCUCGUGAAUUAUGUAUUUUAUCUUAAAAGAUUUGUAUAAUAUAAGUAACCCAAGCAUUCUCAUAUGUUUGAUGUGUACUGUCAGGGGCCAUUUGCGGUCUGUGAAUGUAUACUCCUGUUUGUGUGGAUUUCUGAUGAUGAACAAUGUCAAUAUGUAAAUAAGUUGUUGAAUACAGUCAAUAAAACAUUUUCAUGUA